AUGACAACAACAACGACGACAACUACGACGAGGACGAUCAUGACGUCAACAGCAACGACGACAACGACGACAAUAAUGACGAAAAUAAUCACGAUGACCACAAUGACAAUGUCGAUAACAAAAACAAUAAUGGACAAUGACAACGACAACAACUACACGGUCGACGAUGACGACAAAAAUAACAACGACGAUGAGAAUGACAACGACGACAAAGCCGACGAUGCUAAUGACAACGACGAUGACAAUUACAAUGUUGAUAACAUUGAAAAUAAUGACAAAGAUAACGACGACAACGACACCAACGACAACGAUAACGACAACGACAACGAUAAAAAUGGGGACAAAAAUAAAAACGUCAAGAAAACGACAAUAACAAGAACGAUGAUGGACAAUGACAACGACAACAACUACACGGUCGACGAUGACGACAAAAAUAACAACGACGAUGAGAAUGACAACGACGACAAAGCCGACGAUGCUAAUGACAACGACGAUGACAAUUACAAUGACAAUGACAACGACAACAACUACACGGUCGACGAUGACGACAAAAAUAACAACGACGAUGAGAAUGACAACGACGACAAAGCCGACGAUGCUAAUGACAACGACGAUGACAAUUACAAUAAUAAUAAUAAUAAUAAUAAUAAUAAUAAUAAUAAUAAUAAUAAUAAUAAUGAGAAUAAUGAUAAUGAUGAUAAUAAUGAUAAUGAUAAUGAUGAUGAUAAUAAUGAUAAUGAUAAUGAUGAUGAUAAUAAAGAUGACAACGACAACAACGACGACAACGAUGACAACGACAAUAACGACGAUGAUGACGAUGACAAUAAUAAUGUUAAUAGCAACAAUAAUGAUGAUGACAAUACUAAUAAUAAUAAUGAAGAUCAUGAUAAUUAUGACAAUGAUAAUGAUAAUAAUAUAAAUAGAAAUAAUGCUAACGAUACAGACGAUGAUAAUGAUGAUAUAAUGAUAUGA